AUGUUUCUGUCACCAGAUCAGGUAUUGAUAUCUUACGGUACUAAAAUAGUUGAAGAUACUAGUAAAUACUCUGUAACACAAAUAUCUACCAAUAAAUACAAAUUACAAGUUAAAAAUAUACAACCUAGUGAUCAGGGAAUUUAUAGAUGCCUUUCUCGCAGACAACCAACACGUAAAAUAGUUCUAUCUCUUGUUGAAUCUACAAGUAUUUUGGAAUUCGGUUCAACUGGUGAUUUACAAGUUACAGAAGGUGAUGAUGGUAGAUUCUACUGUAAUGUUACUGGAUAUCCGAGACCAAAUAUUACCUGGUAUUAUACAAGAGAUUCAGAUAGUCCUGAUCAAUUGUCCAUGUUUUAUAUUUCAGUGAAAUUAGAAAAAACAGGACCAGAGUUAAUAUUAAAAGACACUCAGAAAUCUAUGGCAGGAAAGUACAGUUGUAUGGCUGACAAUGGUUAUCCACCAUUCUCAUCACUCGACAUGUUUCUCAGUGUAGAUUUUUCUCCUGUAAUAUCUCUACCUAAUACACAUGUUGGUCAGAUAUUAGAACGUGAUGUUAUAUUAGAAUGUACAGUACAAGCUGAACCUUUCCCAGAGGUCUUUUGGUCUCAUGAGGGUAAACGGAUACCAUCUGAUGGUGAAAGAGUAUAUAUUGAUGUUUAUCAAGACACUGUAGAUACUAUGACAUUAAGUUUAAAUAUUCGAGAUUUAACAAAAGAAGAUCUAGGUAUAUAUACAUGCAGUGCCAGUAAUGAUAUUGGUACAUCAGUUAAACACUUAAAGUUAUAUGGUAAGUAUGUAUAUAUCAUAUAUCCAUACACAAUAAAUGCUCAUUGUCUCUUCCUUAUUUUUAAAACUAUUAGAUAUUUCUACCAUGUUUCACUUUAG